UCUAAAUGUGGACGGUCAAUUUGUUUCCAGCUAGCUUCAAAAAAGGGUGUAUUUCAUCACCUAUGCACACUAGAGAUAUCAUGAGAUUGACAAACUCCAGCAUGUACUCGACGGAUGAUGUAUCUUAUGCAAAGAUGGCAUGGGGGCCUCGAAUGGGGCUAAAGGUCAUUGGGGUACUUGAGAAGCAAAACAACAUCCAACAUUUACAAGACACUCAUAGUAUAAAGUACAGCAAGAUGAUUUCUAAUCCAUACCAGAGGGCUCCAAGAUCCUUCGUCAAAGACGCCGUCGGAGGGCUCGUCGGCCGAUGGACUGCCGAUGCCCGCUGCACCGGUGACUAA